AUGUUUCGUUUAUUUAUAUUCUCGUUUCUCUUCGUUACUUUUGUAACAUCCGAACAAAGUGAUAAAUAUUGUGAUGGUUAUAAAUCAGACUUCAACAUAAGAAAGGCCGUGGGUCGUUGGCACGUCGUCGCCAUUAUACCAGAUACGAACUUUUCCAACAAGUUCGAUAAUGUGACGUGUUAUCAAGUGGACUUCAGCGAGGUUGAUGAGGCAAGCCUAAAAUGGAUGAUAACGCAACGGUUUGGUCGUCCAGCCGAAGAAAUAAUAGACAGCGAGCCAGGGGAAGUGAUUCGUAUUCGUUAUCAUACGGAAGAGCCAUUUGAUAUUUGGUCGAAGGCUGUGAAAGAGCUGAAAGGUUGCUAUAGACAACUCAUCGAUUUGACGAGCAAUGAGACAGAAAUACAUCUAGCGAAAACAUUAAACUCGCCAAUGCUGCUACAUAUAUUAGACACAGGUUAUGGGCCGUUUCUAAUCCAAAAACUUUGGGGACGUCUUUCAGCUGUUGUUUAUCGAAGAGAACCGGGAACAGCCAUAGACAAAUUGAGACCCGUGAAAGAAUUUUUAUCAUUAUAUCGAGGCACAGUGGAAAAACCUAAGCUGUGUAAUGCCCUACAAGUUUCAAGACCGGAUUCUGUUAUAAAUAACAAAGAUAAGAUUUUACAAUAA